AUGCAAGAACUACUGGUCAUUGGCGCUGGUCCACACGCUCUCGCUCUCCUCGCCACUCUCCUAGAAUCUACACCAGACAAGUACCUCGAACACCCGGAGAACGGUCUCCUCUUCUACCGCACGCGUCCAGAUGCUGGAGACUCUGCUCGUACAUCCCACCUUCUCCUCGCAAGAGAUACUCACUAUGAUUCCUCGAGACGACCAAGGAAGACGGACAGAGACGCCGUGGCUCGAGUUUUGAAUGGACUUGGCGCCCGUGGUGCCAGAUGUUCUGUUCACAAAAAGGAUCGAGGAAUGAUUGAUGCUCAUGUUGAUGAAAGAGUUAGAGGACCAGGCUCUUUAAAGACAGGGCUAACAGGUUCUGGUGCUGGUGCGGGGAUCUGUCCGCCGGUUGAAUGGAUCAAGGAACACACUCUGGUCCUCGACAAGCUCGGUGGAACAGGGUAUGCUGGUGGGAAAGAAUGCCGCAAACUAGGAACGUGGAUGUCGCUGUGGAGAAAGCAGAUGGAGUUUUUGCGGGUGCCGCAUCUUCGCAGUCCCAUCUCACACCACCCCGACCCUAUCGACCGCUCGAUUCUAUGGCAGUACGCCAUGGCAAAGCGACGCACAUCAGAUGCGGACUUGGUUCCAUUGCAUAUUCUCCGUGAUCGCUCUUAUACCGGACCGUUCAUCUUACCCUCUACUGAACUAUUCUGGAGUUUCUGCGCGGACUCACUUGUUAAUGGUUUUGGAAUAAGAGACCUGGUGCAAAGCGGGGAAGCUGUUGAUAUUGUCCCGGUUCCAUGUGGAUGUUCUGUGGACGAUAAUCAGGACCUUAGUAACGAACAAAACGCACAAAGUAAAUUCUGCGAUCAUUUUCGAGUGGAAUUUAAGGACGGACGAUUGGUGAACGCGCGGAAUGUGGUGGUGGCAGUGGGGUCCAGUUCCUGCGAACGGAAUAUACCUGCAUGGGUAAAGACGUUGCCUCCGGGAUAUCCCAAGCAUUGCCUUUGCCAUUGUUUCGACAUCGCGUUGGAUGAUGCCACGUACCUAAAGUCCUUUAGUUCAGCAAAGAAAGGGCCGCUCCGGCACAAGUCUGUAGUAAUUAUUGGAGGAGGAAUCACCAGCUCGCUAAUCGACCUCACGCCCAUGUUCGUUGCAAACAAAAAUAGCAUUCACGUCUCCCGAACUGCUUUAGACCUCGGUUGCAACUCCGUUGUGCUCCUCUCCCGUUCCAAGCUCCGCAUCCAACCUUUCGACGUCGACGUUCGGUGGGUUGGCCCGCAUCGAUCCACCAAUAUAGCACAAUUCUGGUCGGACAAUGAGUACCAAAGCCGGGCACACCGCCUUCGUUUGGCCAGAUUUCCUCCGAAGGCGGAUGAGGCCUACUCUGGGAGUGGCGCAACGAUAACGCAUGAAGCAAUGGAGCUAGUAAGAGAUGACUUGGCUAGCGGCAAGAUGAGUGUAACGCAAGAAGUUGAAGUCAUUAGUGCAAAGUGGUAUGAGGAGGUUCCGCAACAUGGAAAAUGGGAAUUGCUUUUGAGCAAUGGAUCGACGAUUGCUUGCAAUAUUAUCUGGCUCGCAACCGGCACACGCAACACCGUUUCUACUAAUACCCUCCUACACACCGUCGCCAAACACUACCCCAUUCCCAUACAAAACGGUCUACCCUCCCUUCGCGAAGAUUUAUCCUGGUCCCGCAACUGUCCUGGUUUAUUUGUCAUGGGAUCUUUGGCGGCUCUUCAAGUCGGACGGGGUGCACCGAAUUUGAUGGGAGGUCGGGCUGCCGCAGGAAGGAUCAGUAGAAGUUUGAUAGAAAGACUGAGGAAGGCUUAUAGAGCUGGGCAGUAG